UGUAGGGUAGCAAACAUCGUCGGAAAACACGUUUCCAACACUGCAGGUUACCUGGUGUAAUGUUUUUCAGCUAAAAAGAAACAUGACUCCUACUUAACUACAUAAAGAGUAACUGAAGGUGAAAUGCAGCUAACAUGUCUUGUUUUAAGACAGGCACUUACACCUCCGCUCCGCUGCGACUCAGCCACCAUCGCUCUGGCAGCAACGGCUAGAGCCAGAGUGGGGGAGAGGCGAGCCGGAACAAACCAUUUUGGGCGGGGGGGGUUAUCUAUACUUUUGUGGUUAAAAUGUUACGUCUCAACCAAGUACGUAUGCUUUUUAUAUUUUUAGUAGUGUGUCACACAAACAGCAACUAUUGUCAAAAAAGUAAGAAAUCUUUGGGGGUGCUUUGAUUCAUUUAUGGGCUAAAAUCGCCCCUGUUGUCAGGAAGUAGGUUAUUUAUUACUUUAUACAUAAUUUGUGCCGUGAGAAAAUGGACCAGAUCUGUGAAUUUUAGUAUUUUUGAUUUUAAGAAUAGUGGAAAGAUUGAUGAUAGUGAACAUUUGUAAGUGUUGCCCCAAACCUGUGCACAGUAAUGCAAAUACGGUGUGAUCAGUGAACAGUAGAGACUGUGGAGUGAUUUGUAGUCCAGAAUGGUUUUUACUUUACUCAAAAUUUAAAUACUGCUUGAAAUGUUGUUAUGUAAAUUAUUUAUAUGAGACUUCCAGCUUAAUUUAUUGUAGCUGUUGGCAUGAUGACACUGUAUAUAAUUUGGAUUAUUUCUUUAUCUUGUCAAGAUCCAUGUCAUGAUUGUAAACUGUUUAAGCUGUACAUUACUUUGUUUGUUUUUUGUAGUCAACAUUUUGGUGCUUUUAUUUUGAAAGUCAAGUUCUCUGACAAGUUGCGCUAGUUUCCUCUUUGGGUAGAAAGAAGAAAAACACCUGUAAGCGCGCAGAAAGGAUGGUUUUAUUCGAAGACACGUUAAGUGGACUUUAACUACACACGAUUAAAGGAAACCUCAGAAGAACAGCGGCUAAUUCCCUUUUUGCAGCAUGCAGCCAACGAGAUGUCCAGCGUGUCUAUGAAGAGCUACGAAAGAUCUCUGCUCCAGACCAGGUCACGCGCCGUAGAGUGGAUCGGUGUGUAGAGAUUUCUACAUUUGUUGUAUCCAGAGCCUCAAGUAGGGUGCAUGGAAAGUCUCCAGAAAAGGAGGAGCAAGACUGGCCAGAAGCAGGCUCUCUCUUUAAUUCAAGCACCUGCAAUUCAGGUUCUGUGGCUUCCAUUUUGAAACGCACCUCAGUACUUUCAAGCAGGUCUUCUGCAAGACGACAAGAUGCUGCUGCUGAUGUUGCUGCAAGUCAGGCUGUUCUUAAAGUGCUACAAGAACAAGAAAAGGAACAGUUAGAAAUCGAGCGUCUAGAAGCUGAAGCUAAGAAGAAGAUAGCUGAGCAGGAGGCAGCAGCAGUAAAACGUCGGUUAGAAAGAGAGCAAGAAGAGGUAAAACGAAGAAUGCAGAGAGAGGAAGAGGAAGCUAAAAUUAAGGCUCAACUAGAGGAAGAGCACGUAGCUCUACAAAGGACUCUAGAGGAAAAACGGAGGAAAUUACAGCAUCUGGAGGCAAUGAAGGAUCUCAGUGCAGCAAGAGCGAGAAUGCUGGUGUACGAUCAAGAGAAUGACAAAGAAGAAGAGCAAAACGACGUACUGCAACCUGAGGUUGUAGUGGAUAAUAAAGUUUGUGCUCCCACCGGCUCUUUGCCCCAGUGUAUGCCUCCUGCACCACAAGUUGUGACCACUUCUUCAAAUGACAACACUGCAGAACUUGUCAAAGUGCUGGCAGGAGCUUUGAGUGCCAACCGAAUCCCAAUUCCUGAACCUACAGUAUUCAGUGGGGAUCCAUUGAAAUACAGUGACUGGAAAAUCUCCUUUGAAACGCUGAUUGACCAGAAGAGCAUUCAGGACAAGGAGAAAAUCUACUACCUUCGCCGGUAUGUAAGUGGACAAGCUAAGAAAGCAAUCGAUGGCUAUUUCCUUCUUGGAACCGAAUCAGCCUAUGCUGCAGCAGUUGAGGUUUUGGAGGAAAGAUAUGGAAACCCAUUCACGAUUGCAAAGGCAUAUAGAGACAAGCUUCAGACAUGGCCCAAGAUAGGCUCCAAGGACAGCUUUGAACUCAGAGAGUUUUCUGACUUUCUCCGUAGUUGUGAAGCUGCCAUGGUCCAUAUUAAGGCACUGGAAAUUUUGAAUGACUGUAAUGAAAACAGAAAAAUUUUGUCAAAGUUACCAGAUUGGCUAACAGCAAGAUGGAAUAGACAAGUUAUUGAAAUAGAAGAAGCGACUAAUCAAUUUCCGUCCUUCAGCCAAUUUGUGAAGUUCUUGACAAGAGAGGUGAAAAUUGCUUGCAACCCUCUCACAUCGCUGCAGGCACUGAAACAAGAUGAAGCUGAAAAAACCAAAUCCUCAAGACAUUUCAACCUUGCAGCAAAGACACUGAUCACAAGUUCCAGUGAAAAAAAUGCUGUUACAUGUCUUUUCUGCAAAAGGACUGGGCAUACAUUGCACCAAUGCAGGAAGUUUGUGGAGAAAGCAGUUAAUGAUAGAAUUAAAUUCAUUCAAAUGGAAAAGUUGUGCUUUGGUUGUCUGAAGUACGGUCAUCACUCAAAGAGUUGCAUCAGUAGGAGUGUUUGUGACAAGUGCCAGAAGCGUCAUCCUACCUGUUUGCAUGAAGAACGAACCAAAGAGAAGCAAAAACCACCACAGGCCAAGCAAAAUCGGAAUCAUGAAACUUCGAGUGAGGUUCAUGAAGAAGUACAACUAGCACAGGAUCACGAAAUGACCAGAACUGCUACUUCAAAUACGGUAAUGCUUCAUGGAGCUAAAACACAAACAGCUGCAAUAGUUCCAGUGUGGCUUUCCUGCACAACACAACCAGCACAAGAAGUCCUUGUGUAUGCUUUAUUGGAUUCGCAGAGCGACACAACAUUUGUGUUGAGUGAAGUAGCAGAAACCUUACAAAUAAAUAGAGAACAAGUCAAGCUUAAGCUUUCUACCAUGACGUCAACAACUACAGUUGUGAGUUCUCAAAGAGUAAGUAACCUACAAGUCCGUGGCUUUUACUCCAGCGAGAGAAUCUCCUUACCACCAGUGUACACGCGUGAUUUCAUCCCAGCUAACAGAACUCACAUCCCAACUAAUGAAACUGCAGAGGCGUGGCCCCAUCUAGAACACUUACAGUCAGAAAUUGCACCUCUGCAGGACUGUGAAGUGGGUCUGCUUAUCGGAUAUGACUGUUCACAAGCCCUGCUUCCGAGAGAAGUUGUGGCUGGCAAAGAGAACGAGCCUUAUGCACAACGUACAGACCUUGGAUGGAGUAUUGUUGGUAAUGGGAACCCCUGUGUUGAUUAUGGGGACGCAAUUGGAAUCAGUCAUCGCAUAGUUGUGAGACAAGUAAUACCAGAUGUUGAGUCUUCUGUCAACCUCAAAAGGGUAGUGCAUUAUGUGAGCCAAACCAAAGUAAAGGAAGUAACUCCCUCAGACAUCAUAAGGAUCUUGGAAUCAGACUUCUCAGAAAGAACUGGAGAUGAUAUUGUGUCUCAAGAUGAUCUCAAGUUCCUGACAAAAUUGAGAGAAAACAUCGUGCAAAAUGAUACAGGUCAUUUUAAAAUGCCGCUGCCAUUCAAAGAAGACAGACCUAAAUUACCCAACAACAAGAUAUGUGCCAUACAUCGUUUGAAGUGCCUGGAAAGGAGACUAAAGAAAGACCAACAGUACUACAGAGACUACGUAAGCUUCAUGAAUGACAUCAUUUCAUGUGGUGAUGCAGAGAAGGUCCCUGAUGAAGAAAGUGAUGAGAAACUGGCUUGGUAUAUUCCACAUCAUGGGGUUUAUCAUCCACAGAAACCAGGGAAAAUACGUGUGGUAUUUGACUGCUCUGCCAAAUUCCAAGAAACAUCUCUCAACGACCAUCUACUCACUGGUCCAGAUUUAACGAACACAUUGGUGGGUGUCCUUUGUCGCUUUCGAAAGGGUUCUGUUGCGAUCAUGUGCGACAUUGAGAGAAUGUUCCACCAGUUUCAUGUCAAAAGGGAAGAUCAAGAUUAUUUGAGAUUCCUAUGGUGGGAGAAUGGCAACUUGGGAACCUCACCAUCAGUUUACAGAAUGAAGGUUCAUUUGUUUGGAGCGGCCUCGUCGCCUGGCUGUGCCAAUUUUGGCCUAAAACAUCUGGCAACACAAGGACAAGGUCAGUUCAAUGAAGAAACUAUACAUUUCAUCCAAAGGAAUUUCUACGUAGAUGAUGGAUUGGCAAGUGUUCCAACUGAGAAGGAAGCCAUCCAGCUUGUCAAGGAAUCACGAGAGCUUUGUAGUAUCGGACGAUUGAGACUGCAUAAGUUUGUUUCCAACUGCGAGAAUGUCAUGGCAACCAUUCCACAAGAAGAGCGUGCCACAAUCAAGGAUUUGAACAUGGCUUUGGACUUACCACAUAUGGAAAGAGCUCUUGGAGUAGAGUGGUGCGUCACGUCUGACUCAUUCAAGUUCAGAGUUCAAGUGAAAUCCAAUCCACUAACAAGAAGAGGUGUGCUCUCUACUGUGGCCUCUAUAUAUGACCCCUUGGGAUUCAUCGCACCCUUCGUCCUUGUAGGGAAACAAAUGCUCCAGCAAAUGUGUAAAGAAAGGAUUGGCUGGGAUGAGGAGCUUCCAGAAAUCCUAAAACCUCAGUGGGAGUCCUGGAUUAGAGACCUUCCCAACCUGACUAAAAUGCAAGUCAAAAGAUUCUUCUUACCUUCAGAUUUUGGUAAUGUCAAAAGGUAUGAACUUCACCAUUUUUCAGAUGCCAGUUUCUCAGGAUAUGGUGUAUGUACUUACCUGCGAGCCAUCAGUGAAUCUGAUGAAGUACAUUGCUCUUUGGUAAUGGGAAAAUCCAGAGUUGCCCCAAUCAGCGUUACUACGAUACCAAGACUGGAACUCACUGCAGCAGUUGUUGCAGCCCGAACCAGUGACAUGCUUCGCAGUGAACUGGAAAUCCAGGAUCUUCAGGAAUUCUUCUGGACAGAUUCCACUGUUGUUCUUGGCUACAUAAACAACGACGCCAGAAGGUUUCAGGUAUAUGUAGCAAAUCGCAUACAGAGGAUCAAGUCAAGUACAAACCCUGAACAAUGGGGUUAUGUCGCUUCAGAAGAUAAUCCAGCUGAUCAUGCCUCUCGAGGUUUGACUGCAGAGCGACUUAGGACCUCAAAUUGGUUUACCGGCCCAACAUUUCUUUGGCAAAAAGAACUUCCUGGCAGACAAUGCAAGGUGGGAGAAAUCAAGGAGGAUGAUCCUGAACUCCGCAAGGUGAUUGUGUGUAACACUAAGUCAAAGGAAGACAGAUCAUUGUUGGAUAACUUCAAGAAAUUCUCUGACUGGUCAAGGUUAUCAAGAGCAGUUGCCAGACUGAAACGAUACAUCAGAAUGCACAAAGGUAUUCAGCAAAGAACAAGUGAUAGCACAAGUCUAGAGGAAAGAAAAGAAGCAGAACUUGUUAUUAUCAAGUUGGUUCAGGAAGAAGCAUUCUCAGAUGAGAUAAAGAGCUUGAAACGAAAGACGGUAGUUGAAAACAGUCCACUGUGCAAGUUAAAUCCUUUCUUGGAUGAUGAAGGGAUCUUAAGAGUGGGAGGACGUUUAAGUCAAGCCACGUUGCACCCUCAUGUGAAGCACCCAGCAAUUCUGCCAAAGAAUAGCCACGUAGCAACUUUACUAAUCAAGCAUUUUCAUGAAAGAAUCCAUCAUCAAGGACGUGGAAUGACAAUGAAUGAACUGAGAGCGAAUGGUUGGUGGAUCCUGGGAUAUAGCGGUGCAGUUUCAUCACAUAUUUUUAAAUGUGUGACCUGCAGGAAGUACAGAAGAUCCACUGAAGAGCAAAAAAUGGGUGACUUGCCACAAGAUAGGACAGCAACAACACCACCUUUUACUUACGUUGGCAUGGACUGCUUUGGUCCAAUCUAUGUUAAGGAAGGAAGAAAGACUCUCAAAAGAUAUGGUCUUUUGUUUACCUGUCUAUGUUCAAGAGCCAUACAUAUAGAAGUGGUUGAUGACAUGACAACUGAUGCAUUUCUCAAUGCUUUAAGGGCAUUCAUUGCCAUAAGAGGAAAUGUUCGACAGCUAAGAUCCGACCAAGGAACCAAUUUUGUUGGUGCUAGGAGAGAGUUCAUGGAGUUAAUGAAAGGAAUGGAUCAAGAAAAGACUAAGACUCUAGGAUGUGAAUUUCUCAUGAACCCCCCAACAGCAAGCCAUAUGGGAGGUGUCUGGGAGCGUCAAAUAAGGACUAUAAGAAGUGUUCUUACCGCUAUUCUCGAUCAGUCAUCACAAAGGCUUGACUGCACCUCCUUAAGAACCUUUCUGUAUGAGGUCAUGGCUAUCAUCAAUAGCAGACCACUCACGACUGAACAUUUGAAUGAUCCAUCAGGCCCUGAACCAUUGACUCCAAACCAUAUCUUAACAAUGAAGUCCAAAAUCAUUCUGCCCCCGCCUGGAGAGUUUGUCAAAGAAGAUGUUUAUCUUAGGAAAAGAUGGCGUCGAGUGCAGUGUUUGGCUAAUAUGUUUUGGACCCGAUGGAAGAAAGAAUAUCUUCUAAAUUUACAAGAGCGACAAAAGUGGCGGAAGAACAGAAGGAACAUCAAGGUUGACGACAUUGUCCUUCUACAAGAUGAUCUGGCACCACGCAAUGAGUGGAAGAUGGCUAGAGUCACAGAAGUUUAUCCAGGAUCGGAUAAUCGAGUGAGGAGAAUAAAGCUGCUCGUCAGUGAUACACAUGACAAAGGAGGGAGCCGCACAGCUAAAACUGUUGUUCUUGAGAGACCUGUUCAAAGAGUGGUUACUCUCUUAGAAGCAGACUAAAUGGUUGUUUGCUCGAAGUUACCUGACAAAGGGUUGAUAACGAGAAUUCUUUGUUGAUGAGUAGAAAUGCUUGUUUGCAGAGACUAUUUCAUUAGGGAAAUCCCACGUAAAGAUUUGUGUGAUUUGGUGGGAGUGUAGCUGUUGGCAUGAUGACACUGUAUAUAAUUUGGAUUAUUUCUUUAUCUUGUCAAGAUCCAUGUCAUGAUUGUAAACUGUUUAAGCUGUACAUUACUUUGUUUGUUUUUUGUAGUCAACAUUUUGGUGCUUUUAUUUUGAAAGUCAAGUUCUCUGACAAGUUGCGCUAGUUUCCUCCUUGGGUAGAAAGAAGAAAAACACCUGUAAGCGCGCAGAAAGGAUGGUUUUAUUCGAAGACACGUUAAGUGGACUUUAACUACACGCGAUUAAAGGAAACCUCAGAAGAACGGCGGCUAAUUCCCUUUUUGCAGCAUGCAGCCAACGAGGUAUUUAUUGAUUUAUCAUGUUUGUUGUACAGUGUUAUUUUUAGUGCUGUGUCUUAUGCUGAGUUUUAUUUUGUUAAUACUGUAUAGUUUUCACGGUGGCUUUGGAGAGAAGUCUUCAAAUAAACCAGUGACAGAAAACCACUUGCGUCUGCCUGUGCUUCGAGGGAAUUAUAUUUAUCAUCUAUUAUCACACCAAGAAACUUUUGUUCAAGAACUCUUUCAAUUUCCGCACCAUCUAUAUGAAUCUGCACUUGUGUGUUUCUUUGGGAAUUCCCAAAUAAGACGAUUUUAGUUUUACUUAGAUUUGUUUGUUUGUCACUCUUGUAUCCAGCAGCUCCUUUAGAUUCCCCCCAAAACAAAAAAUAUUUGAGUCGUUUGCAAAUAAUACUAAUUUUCAUAUAUCAGAUACCUUACAAAUGUAAUUUAUAUAAAUAAUAAAUAAUUUAGUACCCAGUACAGAGCCUUGUGGAACACCACAUGCAAAGUCCAAGCAUGAUGAGAAAUAUUCACCCAGCUUCUGUUUCCUGUCACUAACUUUUCACCCAGUGCAGUACAACCCCCCUGAUCCCGUACCGUUCCAGUUUAUUAAUUAAUAUGUGAUGAUUGAUGUGGGGAAUGAGGACCCAGGCGCGGAGCUCUGUGUGUAAACAGUGCAUUUAUUUACAGUGUAUGGAAACAAACAACGACAAAUCCCCGUGCUCUCCCGACUCCCGUGACGUGUCCUCUUCCCAGUGCUAGUACUCCUGUCUCCACUUUUCCGUGAUGAGCACCCCGUGCUCGCUGUCCUCUCGUCUCCCCGCUACUCCUCGGGACAUAAGAGAGAGGCAGCCGUCAGACACACAAUAAUGCAGCAGACUUAAACUAGGAACUGGUCGAGAGACUAACGGGAAGCCACGCAAUGAUCCAGCGUCGGAGACAGCUCCACCACACUCUCAAGUAGCUCCUCCAACGAGGCCUGAUCAGCUGCAGGUGUGUCACGGUCUUCAGGUGUGGCCAAUCACCUGCCAGGGCCACACACACACACACACACACACACACACCUACAUACACAUAUAUCUACAAGCAGGGAGAACAAGGGACAGCAAUACAAAAUACAUAUAUUAUAAUACUAGUCCAUAACUGCUCAGGAUCCCUGGAUCGCUCAGACCCAGGACCCUGACAACUUUGUUGUCCAGAACUAUUUUUAAUGAUAGUAUUUAAAAUAUCCGAUAUUCCCUGUUUUACUAUAAUACUCCUUUCUACAUACGCGUAUAAUAUUGGUCAACUUAUUUUUGUAUUUUUUAUAUUUAAGAUAAGAUAAAAACUUUAUUUAUCACGAAGGAAAUUCUUUUGUCAUCAACAUGCUCACUGCAGCAAGAGGAAAAAGAUAAAAACGAGUGCACAAGAAUAGAAUGCAAUAGAAUAAAAUAAAAUAACAUACCUAUCAAUAAAAGUGAUAGGUCCUCGUGAUGAUUUCUGUUGGGUCUGUGUUUCCACAAGCCCCGCUGGUUUAGAAACUUAUUCUCGUUAACGACAAAAACAAGACGAACAUCUUUUACUUGCUAGCAAGGGAGGCCCCAGCCGGUGUCUCAGAAAGCACUCUGAAUCC